GCUCUUCUAUCAUUGACAUUAUCUUCCCAGGGAUUCCAAGUCAUCUCAUCAGAUCCUGCAAACUUGCUGAAUCAAAGGCCUGAUGGAAGUCCAUAAAAAGUGCUGAACGCAGCUUAUUGAAUUCAUCCAUCUUCUCAAAAAGCAGUCUCAAGGUGCAGUCAGUGUGUCCCCUUCUGAAUGGACAUGGCAGGACCUGCUAUACGCAUUGGGGAUCAGCUCAUCCUAGAAGAAGAUUAUGAUGAAACAUACAUACCCAGUGAGCAAGAAAUUCAGGAGUUUGCCAGGGAGGUAGGGAUUGACCCUGAGAACGAGCCGGAGUUGAUGUGGCUGGCCAGAGAAGGCAUUGUGGCUCCUUUACCUCCAGAGUGGAAACCAUGUCAAGAUAUCACUGGCGACAUCUAUUACUUUAACUUUUCUAAUGGCCAGUCCACAUGGGACCACCCUUGUGAUGAACAUUAUAGAGAACUUGUGAUCCAGGAGCGGGAGAAGCUUUCAGCUCAUGGCAGCAUUAAAAAGAAAGACAAGAAGAAGAAAAAAGACAAGAAGGAGAAGAAAGAGAAGAAGGAGAGAGAACCAAUGAAAGAUACUGCGUCUCCAGGUUCCCUGCUAGCACCUGUCCAAGUUCCUCCGGGGAGUCUUGCUCCUUUACGUGGUGUUGUGGAUGGUCCAGCCAGUGCCCUCCAUGGCUCGCUAAGCACCAGUGUGGAGAUGUCUGGAGUACCCAGUCCGCUGCUCAGAGAAGGAACUCUGCCUCCACAGACCCUUAAAUCCACUGGCUGCACUAAGAGCUUGCUGGGAUCCAUGCAUGAGGAAAAAGCCUCCCUAAAUCUCCUAGCUCUAGAUGAAGAGGAAGAGGAAGAGAGUGAGAAUCAGAGUCCCCGUGGGACAGCGAGACUGCUCAAAAAUCUGCACAUGGAUAUUAGCACCCUAGGAGGUGGCUUCGAGUAUGAGUUCAGAGGGGUGGCAGCAUCUGUGUGGAGCUCUGCUCAUCAGGGCAGCUGGAGGGCAGAGGAAGACAAUUGUGGUACCCGGUUAGCCAGUGUUACUGAACCUGGGCUCCAGCACCUAGGGAAUUCUGAAGAUGAAGCUGGAGGUCUGAAAGAGAAGGAGUCCUUGAAAGUGAGUCACACUGAAGAAAGUCAAACGUUUCCCUUGGAUUCUGAUGGUGUGUGCCCUUCAGCUCCGGACAAACUGCUUAACAGAGAUGCUGACAGCAGCCUGUGUGGUCUGAACAAAGAGGAGUCCAGUGGGAAACCCACGGGGAAUGAACUGUUACAAAAGGAAGAUACUGAUGUAGAAGAUGCAGUUUCUGUGGCUUAUGAACAGUCAGGAACUCCGAGGGAAAGGACAGCGGAGGGGACACAUGUGGUCAGCAGUCAAGGGCAUCCCCUAUCUGCAUCGCCAGAUGUUAGAGCUGCUGAGACAGAUCAGAUGAAAAGUGUGGCUGUCACCAUUGACACCGUGUCUGUCAGUGAAAAGAUUGUAAAUGGAAUGAGGGAAGAAGCAGCUGAUCUGGAAACCGACAAAGUAAGAAAUCUGCCUGCCUGCAAGGAGUCCGAGGCCAGUGAGCACGUGAAAGAAUUGCAGGUUUCUGACCGUUCGGAUCAUGAGCUGCUUCAUCUAACGGACUUUGGUUUCCAAAGUCAGAUCUCUGACCAGGUCCUGGAUAUGGAUAUUCUUUCUGCUGCUCUGGACAAUCCCAAGGUUGAGGCCCAGGGGCUGGGAGAAGAGGAAAAGGACCAAAGCGAAGCCAGCGUAGAAGAAAAGCAAAGGAAAAGACCCAAAGCUGCUGAGAGCGAGAGGGACCAGUGCCCCUUCAGUGCUUGCGAAAUGGCUGAAGAGAAGUGUUUAAGUUUAGAGAACGCCAGCCAGGAAGAGACUGCUGCCAUGGAGGAAAAGGAGGGAUCGCUGGAUAGUCCAAAGGAGGAGGAGCCUGCAGCCCCUCACCAGGCACAACUUGCGGAGGAAAUCAAGCAAGUGGUGUCCUUGAACUGGCCUUCUGCAGAAUCCCUGAAGGAAAUAGCCAGGGAGCAGGAGCAGGAGCUGGAGCAAGAAAAAACGCAUUUACUGCAAGCAAAGGAGGAGAGGGUUCAGCGAUUCCAGGAGGAGUUGAGGCAAGAAGAGGAGGAAGAAGCUCAAGUGCUUCAUCAGCAGAAAGAAAAGUCCCUCUGGUCUCUUAAAAAGGAGCUGGCGAAAGCUUCUGAGGAGGAAGAGCUGCGGAUGAGAGAGGAAGAGGUCGAGAAGCUCUCCAAGCUGCGAGCCCAGAUCAGCUCAGAGACCGAGACAGAAAAGGAGAAAAUAAGGGCCGAGCAAGAGGCUGCAUUGCAAAAGCUGAGAGAGGAGUGGGAGUCCUUGCAGAAGGUGGAGAGGGAGAGCUUGGAGAAGAGGAAGAAGCGUGUUUUGGAGAUGCUGAAGGUAGAAGUUGAGGAAGCACAGCAGAGAGAAGCGGCAGAGCUGGAACAGGAGAAGGAGCGAGUCCUGAAUGAGUUAAAGGAGAGAUUAGAAAGAGAGAGAAAAGAGGCUGCAGAAGUGCUAGAGAAGCAGUUUGCAGCUGAGCUCCAGGAGCUAAAAUCUACAGCAGAGGAGAAACACCAAAAGGCCGUUUGCAGCCUCCGGAAGCAAAUAGCAGAGGCCCAGAGGAGUGAGGAGGCCCAGCUGCGUGAGGAAUUGGAAAGAGCGGAGCAAAAAGUGCAGCAAAAAAUGUAUCGAGUAGCAGAGUUCGAGCGAGAGCUCAGUGAGCUCAUGAAAGAGAAACGCCAGGAAGUGGAGAGGGACCAUGACCGGAAAAUGGAGAGGAUGAAAGAAGAGCAUAAGGAAGUCCUGGCGAGGAUUCAGGAGCAGUACGAGGAGGAGGAGAGAAAGCAAAGAGCCAAGAAGCUCGAGGAGCUGAAAGGGGAGCUGGAGCGCCUGAGACAGCUCCAUGACGGGGAGCUGAGGGCUUUGCAGAAGCAGCAGGAUGAGCAGCUUAGUGACUUGCGGCAGAGCCACAAGGCGAAGGAACGAAAACUCCAGGAGUUGGAAAUGGAACUCGAAAUACUAGCAACAGAUGCCAGGGCCAGAUGUGCUCAGCUGAAUCACCAGGAAGAGGCCAUGAGAAAGAAAAGGCAGCAGCUUCUGGACGAAGAGAAACAAACUGAGCUGCAGAGAAAUGAAGCUGCUUUGGCUGCUCAGCUCUGCCUAGAGGAGUCUAGGAAAGAGCAUGCUGACCUCAUGAAAUCCAUCCACCAGUUGCGCAGGACUCUGGAGGAGCUUCAAGACCAGAAAGCUGAGCUGGAGUCCCAAGUGGAUCUGCUGCAGACCCGAAGCCAGAGGCUGCAGAGACGGAUCAGUGAACUAGAGGCUGCAGUCCAGAGCAAACAGGAGACCCUGAAGGAGCUGGUAGCUGAAGACAGCAUGGCAUCUCCCAGAAGGGAAGCUGAGCUCCACCUUGCGGACCUGAGAGACACGCUUCAAGCUCACUCCUCCAGAGAGCCUGCUUCCUUAACCUCGCACAGCAAUGAGGAUAGUGACCUUCAAUUCGAUAAUGUCAGACACUUCAUUUCUGCAGAAGGAGUCUCCAUAAAGAAUGCCAAGGAGUUCCUGGUGCGUCAGACUCGCUCCAUGAGGAAAAGGCACACUGCACUGAAAGCUGCAAAGCAGCAGUGGCGUCACAACAUGCGGCAGGCACAGGACGCGGUGCAGGAUCCAGAUAGCUCUCAGCUCCUGGAGGACGUGCGUCGGAACUUGGAGGAGGAGUCAGAGCAGCUGGACAAGAUGAAGUCGGCCAUGCGGAAAGGACAUGUGCUGCUGAAGAAGAAGGAAGAGAAGCUGAGCCAACUGGAGUCUUCGCUGCUGGAGGAGCUUUCUGACGAAGAUACACUGAAGGGUGCUGCAUGUAAAAAGGUGGUAACCUUUGACCUUAGUGAUUCUGAAGACACACACAGCCUGAGCAGCACAGAUGUACCUCAGCACAAAGUUGACUUGAAACCAGAUGUCCAGUUCCCUCAGCUUGACAAGAUCCAGCACUUGACCAGCACUCUGCAGCACAUCACGGCUGAGCUGAAUGGGGUUCUCAGCACCCUGGGCUCUUUGAACCAUCGGCAGCCUCCGCUCUUCGCUCCUGUGCAGGUGCCAAUGCCUGCUCUGCCCAGUGAUGGGGUUCCUCUUUCCACGUACACCUCUUUGGCAAGAACCCAGGCUGCUGGCCCCAUUGUGCCACCUGCUGGGAUCCCUAUGGUUAACCAGUGGGCAUGGAGUACCGGUUUGAAUCCCAGCCCCUCUUCCACGGCUGGUCAGUCAGUGGACGACAUACUGGCAGAGAAAUGGCGCAAGUAUUUCCCAGGGCCUGCUUCUCUCCGUGCUCCCGCCACUGUUGGGAAGCCACGGUCCUGUGUGGAGCUGGCAGAAGAGAACCGUGCCCACUGGUGCUCCCAGCAAGGCGGGGGGAGUCCACUGUGGAGUCCAACCAUGCUGGCCACACUGAUGACUGCGCUGUUCCUCAUGGUGAAAGCGUUGGGACAGCUCGGAACCAGCCUGUUCCAUGAGGAGCCGCUGCCCUAUCUCGUGUACCAGCCCCUGCCGUGGCAGGUCCAGUACGUGACCCAGAGCCGCCGAGCCAGCCGGGACUGUGGGCCUAGCCGGAUGAACUUGUCAGCGCUCUCCAUGGUGCUCGACCCCGCCUGCACGAGGAGUUCUGGUGGCCCAGCUCCAAGGAAAGGUGGGAGCUCUCGGCACGACAGCAUCUACUCACGGAAAGGUAACGUGGUUCCUGAUUUGAGCAGCAAGAGCAAGUGCCUGUGUGACCCGACCGAGCAGGCUGCUGUCACCAUCCAGACCCACUACAGGAAAUAUCAGCAGCAGAAGCAGGAGAAGAAAUAGCCAGGAUCCCUUUCUUACGUGUGGUUGUGUUGGUUUUCCUUGUGAACAAGAAGUUUUUCAGUUACUGUUGUGGUGGCUUCCUGGAUCCACAGUAGCCUGCUGUCUGCUCCCUGCUCAAUGGCGCUGUCUGUGUGCAGACGUUUAGAGACAUGUCCACGUUUGUCAGGGUGUCUGUGCUGGCCCUCAAUUGCAAGCCUCGUGACAAGCCCAUCCCCACAUAUCAUAGUCCCAGCCAGGGGUCUGAGCAGGGCGCAGGGAGAGCAAGUGUUUGACUGGAAGGGAACUGGAGUCCAGAGACUGAGACAGAGCCCAGGUUUGAGAGCUGUGGGCCCAAAUUUCAGAUUUAUGGAUGCUAAUUGUGCUCCAGCACCCUAACACCAUCUUCUGUGCUGGAGUGUCCUAGUGCCCAUCGGUAGGUGCUCGUUUCUGCACACAGCUCUUUUCCCAUCUUUCUGGCCUCUUGCACCCAAGGAAGUGGGUGGGAGUGGGGGGGGGCACAUCUAGCAUGUCUAAGUGUCUGGGCCUGUCUGAAAUUGGCGUAGGACAGAACUUCCCUCCCUCAGUGCAGUGCAGUUGCAAUGCCAGGCUAGGUUCACUGGGGCCCCUCGUGGGAUAGAUGCUGGUGCCACCAUGAGCUGCUCGAUCUGGAAUUAAUCCCUCUAUGGUGAACUGCCGCUCUUGGGCCAGCUCCACCGUUUGCCCAUGUGGCAGCAGUUGACUGGGCAGGAGGUAGCAGCCCCAUGUCCACGUAAUAACUAACCCGGCGUGGCAGGGCAUGUCCUGCCUGCACUGGAGCCCUUGUGGGAGCAGGUCUGUGUCCUGGAGCAGCAACAGGGGCCAGUGCUAGAGAGCUAGGUACUUUUAGUAGGACAGAAGCGAGAGAGAGGGCCCCAGGUAACUUGGGGGAACUGGCAGCAGGGGCGGUAGGGGUUUGUGGUAAGAGGAUUGAGGAGCUGGGAGAGGUCGUGGGGUCACGGGGGUGGGUGGAGCAGCUGGGAGAGGCAUAGAAAGGAGGUGCUUGCAAAUGCCUUGAGCAAGGGAGGGGGGAAUUGGGGCGGCU